AUGGUUGCUGAUGGAGUGGCUCCAUAUCUGCUAUUCCCAAUGAUCGGUGGCGUGCCAUAUGGAUGGAUUUCAUAUCUCGGUGUGCCAACGUCGAUUCUAACUUUCAUCACGAUUGCGAUCAUCGUAACACUUCUUACCGCCUUUUCUUCAUGUUACGAUAGUACAUGUACUCAUGUUACGAUAGUACAUGUACUCAUGUUACGAUGGUACAUGUAUUCAUGCUUUGAUAGUACAUGUACUCAGGUCUCAAUUCCAAUGUUCACAAUCGUCAUCCCGUUCAACAUUGGAGCCAUUGUCUAUUUUCUUGACGAUGUUCAGUUAACGAGUGAGAUCACAGUG